AUGGCUCAAUAUCGCUUCAAAAGCCCCCCCCCCCCCUCCCCCCCCGCCCCCCCCCCCCCCCCCCCCCCCCCCCCCCCCCCCCCCCCCCCCCCCCCCCCCCCCCCCCCCCCCCCCCCCCGCCCCCCCCCCCCCCCCCCCCCCCCCCCCCCCCCCCCCCCCCCCCCCCCCCCCCCCCCCCUCCCCCCCCCCCCCCCCCCCACCCCCCCCCCCCCCCCCCCCCCCCCCCCCCCCCCCCCCCCCCCCCCCCCCCCCCCCCCCCCCCCCCCCCCCCCCCCCCCCCCCCCCCCCCCCCCCCCCCCCCCCCCCCCCCCCCCCCCCCCCCCCCCUCCCCCCCCCCCCCCCCCCCCCCCCCCCCCCCCCCCCCCCCCCCCCCGCCCCCCCCCCCCCCCCCCCCCCCCCCCCCCCCCCCCCCCCCCCCCCCCCCCCCCCCCCCCCCCCCCCCCCCCCCCCCCCCCCCCAACCCCCCCCCCCCCCCCCCCCCCCCCCCCGCUCCCCCCCCCCCCCCCCCCCCCCCCACCCCCACCCCCACCCCCCCCCCCCCCCCCCCCCCCCCCCCCCCCCCCCCCACCCCCACCCCCCCCCCCCCCACCACCACCACCCCCCCCCCCCCCCCCCCCGCCCCCCCCCCCCCCCCCCUCCUCCCCCCCCCCCCCCUCCCCCCCCCCCCCCCCCCCCCCCUCCCCCCCCCCCCCCCCCCCCCCCCCCCCCCCCCCCCCCCCCCCCCCCCCCCCCCCCCCCCCCCCACCCCCCCCAAAAAAUCCCCCCCCCCCCCCCCCCCCCCCCCCCCCCCCCCCCCCCCCCCCCCCCCCCCCCCCCCCCCCCCCGCCCCCCCCCCCCCCCCCCCCCCCCCCCCCCCCCCCCCCCCCCCCCCCCCCCCCCCCCCCCCCCCCCCCCCCCCCCCCCCCCCCCCCCCCCCCCCCCCCCCCCCCCCCCCCCCCCCCCGCCCCCCCCCCCCCCCCCCCCCCCCCCCCCCCCCCCCCCCCCCCCCCCCCCCCCCCCCCCCCCCCCCCCCCCCCCCCCCCCCCCCCCUAUGGGGCAAAGCUUGCUGCAAUGGUGGAACACAUUUACUACUGUUAG